AUGCCGCGCUUCUUUGAUGAUUACUCGAAUACGUACCUGACGCAUGAUUCGUCCGCGGGUCGCAAACAACAGCGUCGGGGUUGGAAAUUCCGGGAGAAUUUCAAGCUGCAUUACGAAACUUACCUUACCGACUGGCGUAAGGGACCCAUGGGUCUAGCAUCCGCCCAACAAUCCUUCCUCCGAGCUCGAGGCGCCGAAGAUCCUGCCGUGCCGCCCCUUCCAGAUGGCUGGAAAGAAGAAAUGGACGAAGUUACGGGAAUCGCCUUUUACGUCGAUACCAACACGGGCAAACGGACCUGGGUAAGGCCCGGAUUCAUUCCACCUCCGCCAGGAUCAGGCCCACCACCGUCACGUAUGGGGAUGCCGGGUAGAGGCGGUAUGCCCCCUCCGAUGCAUAAUCAGCAACCGCCGGGAGCGUAUCACGGAGGUCCCCCGCCCCCUCGUGGGGGUGUGGCUAACGGUCCACCCCCGCCCAUGAAUUUUCCUCCUCCACCGCAAACUGGACCUGCGCCACCAAUGAUGUACUACCAAGCGGGUCCCCCACCGGCACAAAGUGGACCGUACCCUCCACCGCCGCAUGGAGGUCCGCCGCCUCCACCCAAUAUGCAAGCUUUUCCUCCGCCACCUACCGGAGGUCCUCCUCCGGGAUAAUCAGCGCCAGGAUAUUCACGAUAACAAUGAAAUAACCUUAUUUUUUGGACU